AUGGCUGAAGAGAAUGAUCUCAUAUUUGAAGAUUACUUUCCGUCAAUGGUAGUGAGCAUGGGUGCUGAUCGGUUUAUUGCAGAACUCUGCUACGGAUUCUGUCUGCUAAUGGAUCACACCAAGGGUGUCAUCACAUUCGAGAGCCUGAAGAGAAACACUUACCUUCUGGGUGUACAAGACUUGGGAGACGAAGAGAUCUUUUGUAUGUUAAAGGAAGGAGAUCUGGAUGGUGAUGGGGCACUGAAUCAAAAGGAAUUCUGUUUACUCAUGUGCACAUUGAGUUUCGAUUUCACCAAAAACAGCUCAACAAGGUUGCUGGAAGAAACCAUUUGA